AUGGAUGCACCAAAAGCAAAAAAGACCCAAGGUCGUAGAAAGCUUGAAUUGAAAAGAAUGGAAAAGGAAGCAUCCAGACAAGCAACCUUCAUGAAACGAAAAGAAGGUAUAUUCAAGAAAGCAUGCCAACUAAACACCUUAUGUGCUGCUGAGACAGCCGUUGUUCUUUUUGCUCCUUCAGGAGCACCCUUUUCUUUUGGUGAACCAUCGGUGGAAUCGGUGGUUGAUCGUUAUCUUGCAGGAGAGAGGAGUCUUCCCAAAGAUGCACUUAUUAAAGCAGAACCUGAUGCAAGAAACGCUGAUGUCGACACUCAAUAUAACACAUCUGUUAAGAGGCAAGAAGAUGCACAAGCGAGAGGCAGGGAACUAGCUGAGGCUAAGAAAGCCGACAUUGACCUGUUUGGGUGGGAUGUACCCGACAAGGAAAUGAAUCUGGAGCAACUGGAGCGUCUCAAGUUUAAAUUGGAAAAUCUUCAGAUCGUUGAUGAACCAGGCGACGGACUAUAUCUUAUAAGCAGUACUGCUGCAUCUUCUUCAGCCAAUCCACUGGUUUUAUCAAAGGGAGGCAGUUCCUCAAAUGUUUCAAAUCCCCCUCCAUCUAACGACCCUCGGGGAUAUCAGUUUGGCCAUGGACGCGUGGGUUAUUAG